ACGGGAUGCACAGAAGAACAGCAGUCCUAAGACUGGUCUGAGGCAUAGCGGCAGUGACAUAUGCAGAAAUGAAGAUAGGCAGCUGUAAACCCAAAUGAUAGCAUUGGGCAAGUCGUUUACAGUGCAUGUAUGGAAUAUGUAGCUGAAGCUCAGUACCAAGGUAUGCUGAGAGGCCAGAUCCUGCCUCCUUGCUGUCUCCAACACCCCCUGGUGUCAGCGGGGAUUCCAGGAGAGAACGAUUUACCCUCUGCAGUUCCUGCAAGCUUUUCUGCUGGAGGCUCUGAGAAAACAAACGUGAGAUGUUAUCCAAAAGCGGGGCUGUGUGAGCCCACUGAACCUAAUGAUGCUGCUCUCUCAUGGAUGUAUGAACAUGAUAGUGCGGAAGAUACCAGUGUCAGGAAAUGUCUUGAUGGCUUCUACAAAAUGUAUUGCAAAAAACGGCCAGACAGAAUGGAUCCCACCUAUGAGGCUGCAUCACGGUGUCUGUCGCAGAAGAUUUCAGAGCUAGCAAACCGGGAUGGAACAAAGUAUACAUCACGUUGCUUGCAAAUGGCCCAGGUGGUCUUGAACAGAGAUGGGUGUAAGAUCUUUCCAAAUCACCCCACUACUACUUGUUUUUCAAAGCCAGCUGAGGGACAAGUUGUCUUAGAAGACAGAAAGAGAACACCCGGACUCUCAGAUGACGUCUUGCAAUUCCUCUUGAAAGAAACACGGACAGAACAUAGCCCUGACAUGCCACAUGAGAAGUGAGCAAGAUGCUGGUUUGUUUCUGUCAUUGGAGCAUGGCUUUCACUCUGAAAAGAGGUGACUUUCUUGGAAAGACGCUGUUCCUCUUAGCACCACCUUCAACACCACAUAUUCCAUGGACAGGUUCAUCUGGAUCAGACCUUGCCACCUUGGCCUCUGCAGGGCAGCACCACAUAAGGAGCAUCUGUGGUCCCCGUGUAACUGCUUGGGGUGUGUUGACUAAUCAGGAUGGGUGAUGUGUGAUACAAUGUCUGUUGCUGGGACAUCUAAUGUGAUGAUUUCUACAUACCAGGCUUUUAAAUUGACCUACAUCCCUACCCCAGCUGAACAGAGGCCCAGCCCAAAUUUAGCCCCUGUGUAGGCAUGGAUGUCCAAGUGCUGUUGACUAUAACAGACUGAUUGAAUGAGCUUGGCACGAUACACCCCAGACCUAGGGAGGAAACUUAAGAUUUUGAUCUGUACCUGACUGAUACUGUAAUGCCUAUGCCUCCACAGGGGUGCCUGAUAGCUGUGUGUGUUUAUCUACAGGCAUAUGAUCCCACAGGUCAUGAUUGCAAUGCGGGUGAGCUUUUUCAACAGUAAAAGUGUGUGUGUGCAUGAGAGAGAGAGGAAAUAUAGCUUCUGAGCAGGUUAUUUUUUUUAACAGGAGGGAUAAAAAAAGAGAAAGAAAAGCUUUAUCGCCUUAGUGAUGUUUCUAACACUUCAAAUGCACCAGCUGAACAGACUGGGGAUUUUUUCCUAUCUAUAUGAGCUGGUUUAAGAGCAACCUGAAAUAGAUUCAUGAGCAAAGGCUCUGCAGAGGUGUCCAUAGGGAAGCUGCAGAGUUGGUGCCAGCUGCCCUGGUAGCUGCCUGCUGUAAGAUGCAGAGUAUCUAGGAAAAGCAGAGCUCACAUCUCAGCAUGCCCAAGACUGUGGGUCACUUGGUUGAUUCAGUAGAGGCAAUGCUGCUUUCUCCAGCUCUCUCCCUACCCAUUAGCCCCUGCUGAUUUCUGCUACCAUGGGGUCUGAGCCCAGAGCUUUCACAGAGAG